UUCCGCCACUUAAACUACAUUUCCUCACUUAUGAGACAUUUGAUUUAAGCACAAAGUAUUAAAGUUAAAGAGCGGAAAAUCCAAGUGAAAUAUUUAUCGGUUAUAAAAUUAUUAAAAGCGUAUAAAAUUAAAUAUUUAUUAUCGAAAAAUGUAUACAUUAAACGAAGUGUCGAGUGAAUCAAGUUCAGAUAAUGAUGAGUCCGUUGAUGAAGAUUUUGUUGACCAUGCAUCAUCAUCUCAAUCAACACAUAAUCAGAGCACACAUCAAUCAUCGUCACAGGUGGAAGAGAUGGAAAUAACACGUUCCAAGCGUUCAUUAAGAUCAAAACCUUUGGGUCCAUAUGAAGGAGUACCAUUAUCUGAAUAUGUCAAAGGAGAUCGUAUGCAAUUGUUUUGCCGAUCACAACAAUUUUUGGCGAUUUAUCCAGAUGGAAAAGUGCGUGGGACAAGCGAGAAAAGUGAUCCUCAUACACAGUUAGAGAUGAUACCAACAGGAUAUCCAGGACACGUAGUGAUUAAAGGGAUUUUGGCUAAUCUCUAUGUGACUAUGAAUAAUAAAGGAAAAUUAAGGUCUCAGGAUAAUCGCGAUGCAGAGAUGUUUGUUUUUAUCGAAGGAAUAGCCGGUGCGUAUUUGUAUUACAAAUCGCUGCAUUUUGCAGAGUGUGACUGGUAUCUGGGCAUUAAGAAGAGUGGCAAGAGCAAAAACGGUCAGAAAACAAAAAUUUAUGAGAAAGCCGUACAUUUUCUAAAAUUAAAGUCAUAAUAAACAAUUGAAAUUUAAUCUAUUAAGUCAUUAAACUAACCUACAAAUAUAUUAGCAUAAGAACUAGGUUAUGUCUGCACAUAUUUAAUAUUUUUUGUUUUAUUUACAAUUAUUACCAUAUUAACAAUAAAUAUUUUUAAUAUAAAUCCGCUAAAGUGUUCAGAAGUCAUAUAAAUGUAGCUUACUGUAUUUAUUACUUAUAUUGUAGGUAUAUUAAUGUAUUUUGGUAUGCAUUUUAUUAAAAUAUAAAUGAUUUACAGAGU